AUGGCCGGAGGAGGGUACGACGGCGGUGCGGGGGACUACGGCGGCACCGUGACGUUCUCCGUGGUGGUGACCUGUCUAAUGGCCGCCUCCUGCGGCCUCAUCUUCGGCUACGACUCCGGCGUCUCAGGGUUUUCUUCCUCACAAUCUCUCUCUAUCCCUCUCCCUAUCUCUCUCCCAACCGGCGGCGUGCUGUUCCUCGUAGGCUCGGCGAUCAACGCCGGCGCCGCCAACAUCGCCAUGCUCAUCGUCGGCCGGAUGCUGCUCGGCUUCGGAGUUGGGUUCACCACACAGGCUGCUCCUUUGUACCUCGCCGAGACGUCGCCGGCGCGGUGUCGCGGCGCGUUUACCACGGCGUACAACAUCUUCCUCGUGCUGGGCUCACUGGCCGCCACCGUCGCCAACUACUUCACCAACCGCAUCAUCGGGUGGGGCUGGCGCGUGUCGCUCGGCCUCGCCGCCGUCCCCGCGGCCAUCGUCGUCCUGGGCGCCCUGCUCGUCCCAGACACCCCCAGCAGCCUGGUGCUGCGCGGCGACACCGAUGGGGCGCGCGCCUCGCUGCAGCGCCUCCGCGGUCCGGGCGCGGACACCGAGGCCGAGUUCAAGGACAUCGUCCGCGCCGUCGAGGAGGCCCGCCGGAACGACGAGGGCGCGUACAAGAGGCUGCGCGGCGAUGGGUACCGGCACUACCUGGUGAUGGUGAUGGCCAUCCCCUCCUUCUUCGACCUCACCGGCGUCAUCGUCAUGGCCGUCUUCUCGCCGCUGCUGUUCCGCACGGUCGGGUUCAGCAGCCAGAAGGCCAUCCUCGGGUCCGUGAUCCUCAGCCUCGUGAACUUGACCUCGUCACUCCUGUCCUCCUUCGUCAUGGACCGCACCGGCCGCAGGUUCUUGUUCCUUGCCGGCGGCGCAGCGAUGAUCAUUUGCCAGCUGGAGAUGGCUUGGAUCCUGGCGGGCCAUCUCGGGAAGCACGGCGCGGUGACCAUGCCACGCGGCUACGCGCUGGCCGUGCUGGUGCUCAUGUGCCUGUACACGCUCAGCUUCGGCGUGUCGUGGGGCCCGCUCAAGUGGGUGGUGCCCAGCGAGAUCUACCCCGUGGAGAUCCGGUCGGCGGGGCAGGCCCUGACGGUGUCCAUCGCGCUCUGCCUCUCCUUCGCGCAGACGCAGGUGUUCGUCUCCCUGCUCUGCGCCCUGAGGUACGCCAUCUUCCUGUUCUACGCCGGCUGGGUCGUGGUGAUGACGGCCUUCGUCGCCGCGUUCCUUCCGGAGACCAAGGGCGUGCCGCUGGAGGCCAUGCGCGCCGUCUGGGCGCGGCACUGGUACUGGAGGAGAUUCGCCGUCGGGGACGCCAAGCUGGAGACGCAGGUGAACUGCCUGUAAAGAGAAACGAAUGCGACCGUUCGAAUAACAGAACAUAUCAUGUUCCCAAGUGGUCGCUGUGUCCAGCUCCAGCCAACAUGUAGUUCCUUAAUAUUGUAGCGUAGCUUGACUGCUUGAGGUCUGUGUGUACAGUACUCCCGUAGCAUUUGAUCGCUGCUCGUUGUCAAUUAUGACCUGCCACCAGGUGCUUUGCGUUGAUGGUUUUCCU